UUCCAACAGUAAUAAGUACAUUAAAUUUAGAAAUGUUUCCAGUUUCUGAAGCUAUCGUGUAUGAUAUGAUUCAUCGUUGUCAUAAGCAUAAGAGUGAGAAGCAUUUGUUUAAACAGCAACCUAUUGUGCACCAAAAUAAACGUGCUAAACAAAAACAUCGAAAUAACAGAAAAAAUGAACUUAGGCCAAUUAAAAACAGCAGUAGAUACCAUUCACCAGAAGUUUCAGAAAUAGAUAAAGAGAAUCCUUCCGGUAAAAGAAAGGUCGGUACCAAGGAUUUGAGAUGGCGAUCAACUACUUUACGGUCAUUUCUACGUGAUUACGUCAAUCACAUAUUUGCUGAAUCGUCUAAGAUUCCAAAAAUACGAUCUCAUGUUCAGAAUACUGUUAGUUAUUAUGAAAAGGAACUAUCGAAGCCAUUUUUGGUGCCGAAUUGGUCAGUUAGUGGCUAUGAAGG